AUCUUGACAGUUGCAUUUUGCAUCUAGUGUGCCGUGAAGGUGAAAGUAGCGUAGCUGUGUUGCGUUUCUAAUCGUUAUCUAGGCUUACGUUAAAUUGGUGGUUAGGAGUGUUUUUUAUACUCUCUAUUAGCAAAAACAGUCGUUGCAUUCUUCCAUCAGAUAUCAAAUAAUAAAACGAUAAGGAAAACUUUUAAUUCAGCGCUUAUCACCACUACUUGAAAAGGUGCUGUUUUGUUGUCGCUUCCAAAAAUUGAAUUGGAACAUUACCAACAUGACGGAGACAAAAGAUGAGGAACAAGUGGUGAUGACACCAAAGGGAAAAACAGCCAACUCAACAACCCUCAUAAUAGAAAGGAAAAAAAUUCAGAAAACCGACGACAAAAUGCAUAUCGCCGGCGGUCAGCACACGGGAAUAGUCAUCAACAAAGAAGCUACGACAGAAAAUGGUUCUACCCAACCGCCCCAUCUAUCGCUAGAAUUCAGGGUGUUCCUUGUCAGCGCCCAAACCGGCAAGCACACCCAAGAAUCUAGAACCUUGCGUUUUUGGUUUCGUGCAGCACCAGACACCACCGACCAUCCGUCGGAAGACAAACAAGCCAGCGUUGCUCAAGAAUUCUUCAAAGAGCUGGUUUCACCGAAAGAUUUUCCAAGAGAUUACGUUGGUUUCAUAAAGAAAAUCAUGAAGCUUAUGCAACACAACUACAAGACCAUUAAGAUGAUAGAAGUUGAACUGAGACAGUUGGAAGGGGAGGCAGUGCCAGUAAGACCGCCUGGGACUAUUAUACUUCGAUUCGAUUUGAGACAUUUUCACAAAGUAUCUGCUGAAGAACCCUUGGAUAAUAUAAAAUUAUUAACGGUAGAAAAAGUCUUGGAACUGAUAGAGUCAUCAUAUCCAAACCCUAUCACAAUAAAGGAUGUUGCAAAAGAGAACGGAUGGGAUGAAGAAGAGGUAGCCCAUCACCUAGCAGAGUUGCAGUCGCGGAAUUUAGUUAAAAACUUAGAGCAUGGCGCUUUCACAAGGCAACAAUCCCACGAUGUUCAGGUUACCAUAGUGAAACAGAUGCCGACGAUGGCCAGCUCAAAGCAGCCUACAAUUGCCAUAAUAACAGCUCAAUAUUGCGAAAAAUUAGCAGUGGAUGCCAUGAUAGAAAAUAAGGAAACUUUUGUACGGUACACCACAGUAGGUUCCAAUAGUCCAACAGGUGAUGGACCGACCACUAGAUUUGGAGAGUCCAACGUUUACACCCUCGGCAAUAUUGGCGCUCAUAGGAUAGUUUGUACAAAAUUGCCAUCUGUUGGUCAUACCAGAGAAGCCAUGACAGCUGCUGGGAAUACGACGACCAGACUCUUGGGAACAUUCCAGAAAGUUGACUAUGUCUUUUUAGUGGGCGCUGGGGGUGGCGUCCCACAUUAUACCGAUUACAACAAGCAUGUAAGAUUAGGGGAUGUUGUAGUAUCCUACCCGACCAAAGAAAAGAAUAUUUAUUUCUAUUGCGAAAAAGCGCUCCAAAACGAGAAGGAUUGCGACUUUGAGUUCAAAUCGUACCGACCGAACAACCUCAAUCUGCAAGAAAUAGCGGCUAACCUCAAAUCAUCAGCUGAUAAUGACACAAGGGUGUCGCCCCCUUGGGUUAAUUACAUAAGGGACGCACUGAACAUACUUAGCUCCUCACCAGAACCCGAUUUUAGGCCACCAAGCUCCGAUACAGACAAAUUAUACAUGAAUAUCGGGAAUAAAGACAUAAUCGAAGUUGCUCAUCCUCUGCCCCAAGAUAAAUCUGUUAGAAGGCAGGAAGGAUGCCCAAGAAUUCACCUCGGUAGUGUGGCCUCGGGUAGGCAGAUAGUGAAGGAAGAUGUACUCAGGCAGAAAUUUGCAGCUCGAAUGGGAGUCCUUUCAUUCGAUUCCGAGUUUGACGCAGUUAUAGAAUCGAUUUUGGGCAACUGCAAGGACAGUUUCAUCUGCAUAAGGGGCAUUUCCGAUUAUAAAGACGGCACCAGGCAGAAAGAAUGGCAACCCUACGCUUCCCUUGUCGCCGCCAGCGUGAUGAAGGCCAUCAUUUGCAGCAUGGAAGCUCCUACAAAUGUUUGAAAGGCAUCAAAAGAGGUCCAACUAAAAAUAAAUAAGACUGGUGCUGAAACUUCCUCUAAUUACUUGUGAUUAAAGACUUAUCUCUUAAUGGUAAACUAGUCAAUUUUAGGUCUACAAGGAUGAAGGUUUAAUGGAACAAUUUCCUGAAACUUGCAUGUAGAUUUACUUAAGAUUAGAUGGAUUAGUUGAUUGAAUUCGUAUAAUUCAUGAUUGACCAAAUAUGCCGAGUUUUAUUAAUAAUUCCGUAGGUGAGGUUAUUCAACUGCCGACUAGGCCUACUUAACAACGAUUUAUAGAACUUUCCAAUUUUUCUAAUGAAUCAAAAUCUUGUUAUUUAAUGAGAGUUACCCUUUUAGAUUGAAUAUACAAUUGUAUUCAAGACAAUGACUGAAAAAUUAUAAUCUUUGUUCUUCCUUAUAUUAUCUUAACAUUCUUAACUUCGUAAAACUUUCGUUCCAUAUUUUGCAUGUAUUAAAAACUAUGCUAUAAUUUUAUUGAAUAAGUUUGAUUAUUAUGUGCCACCAAAUAUACAACAAUCAAUUUCUACUUAUUUUUUUUGUAAGAAUUUUUAUUUCGUUAUAUUUUUAUUUAUUUGUACAGAUGUAUAAUAAAUUUUAAAAUUA